AUGUCAUCUUUUCAUCAUGCAUAUCCCUAUUCAACGCCUCUACGCACAGUUGAAAUAGACCAAGUAGUUGAUCCGUCUAUGUUGUGCCCAUAUUGUGAUGAACCACUUCCAUGUAAUCCAACGUCACAACUGAAUGAUCUCUUGGCCACUGCGAAGCAGCAAUCUUACGGAGACCCGCGUCCUCAAAAUCCUUUUGGACUUAAGGCUCCUCUAGCAAUUUAUAUCUCAGCCUGUCAGCGCCAUCGCUUCGAAACCCAUUGGUUGCCUGAGGCUCUGGAGAAAGGAUGGCCGCAAAGCAUUGACUUCAAGGAGGUGCCCAAGAGAGUCGAGAGCAUGAAGGGUGCGCUUGAAGAUUUAAUCACCGAUGCUGACGACUGUAGUGAUAAUGAGAGUUCGGUAUAUGAUGAUAUCAGGGGUCCCCGAGCCCGAAGUAUCUUCUGGAGAGAACUCAAGAAGGACAUCCAGAGACAAGGCAGUCGAACUACCACCGGUGUGAAGGGCCAGUUUUCCACCUUCGAGAAGACUCAACCUGGAUACUAUGGUGAACUUGGCUUUUUGAUUAUACACCAAACGCUCUACAAUCUCUUUCCAUUUUCAUCAUUUGAUACUUCUUUGAUAGCUCCUCUCUCACCUGCGGAGUUUGUUCAAUUUGUAUUGAUUCCCGAAGUUGCAGUACGGCUCAUCAUGCAAGACCUUCAUCUUGACAGGGACGAAGCAAUCAUGACGCUACGUGAAAGUUCGCAGUAUGGUGUUAGCAUGUUCCCUGAUGUUGGCUCUGGUAGUGCUGUUUUUGAUGAUGAUGGUGAUGAUAGCAACUAUGAGAGCGUUGCAGAUCGCAUUGUUAUGGAACGUGCCAAAGCUAGGAGGUUGGAGCUCGAGGAAGAGGAGAGGAUCGAGGAGAGGAUGUAG